AUGGAUGAAGUUGGUGACGUGGAUAUCAAACACGAGAGACCCCAUCCCUACGGCCAACCACCUCCAAAUCCUAUCCACCGUAUGCCGCCAGCCGAGACCCCUACGUCGUACAAUUAUCCUCCUCCGCCAGGCGCAGGUAUGCCACCACCGGCGCCGGCGUGGAACCCGACGCCUUCGCCAUACAAUGACUCCGCGGAGCACCGCCCUCCACCUCCAGACAUCCCUCAUCAAUCGCCAUAUCCUCCACAUCCUCAGUCAUAUCCUCCCACUCAUCCCCCGCCAGGGAGAGAACCCCCAGGUUACCCUCCUCCGGAUCCAGGUUACGGCCGCCCAGGCAGUGUAUCGGGCCCUUCAAGAUCCCCAGCCGAUGUUCAACAACCACCGCCACAACCUCCCCCAUAUCACCCUGUGAGUAGCAAUCCCCACGAAGCUCCCUACUAUCCUCCCCCGACCGACUACAGGCCGCGUCAUGCCUACCAAGGGCCUGAGCCCCAGCUCAACGGAACUCACCAGCAGCCUCCUCUUCACGUUGUGACGGGGCAUGAGAUGAUGCCAGGACAGCCUCCGGGCCCACCGGCUUAUGGCCCGCCUUCAGCAGGUCCCAUCCCAACCCCCGGGCCGUACGCAUACCCUUAUCCCUAUCAUGGUGAGCACAGACGAAAACCAGUGCGAGCCGCCCAGGCAUGUGAUUCGUGCCGUCAACGAAAGGCGAAGUGCGACGAAGGAAGACCCGAGUGUCAACAUUGUAAAGACAACGGGCUGAAAUGCUCAUAUCGAGAAAUCCCUCCGCAAAAGUCGGAGAAACAAGUCCUGGCCAUUACCGCUCAAUUGGACUCGCUGGCCGAGGACGUCAAGGCAUUGGCCCAGAAGGCCCUGGAACGCCAAGAGCGGGACGAGAAGAUGGAUCACUUCCUCAAGCAACAAGACGACAAGAUCAACCUGUUGCUGGAACAUCUUACGAAGCCCCGGGCAGAACCACUUCGAGCGACGACCGACGUGCAAAUGGCAGACCAGCAAAGUCAUGGGGUAGCUACAACACCUGCAGUUCGAAGCCCUGCAGUCCCGAGCCCUGCGAACCCCAGUCCUGCUCAACCUCCACCUCCACUGUUCCGCCGACAGGACAGUACCUCCGAAGCCAGGUCCGGUUCACAGUCCCAGAAUCCCUCGGCAGCAUCCAUCCAGCACAUGCGGAAUUCAGAGACCGAGAGCAUCGAUACGCCUAUGCCCGCCAAGCAUACUACGGCUGCGCAGAAUCUCGUCCUUUGGCCGUCUAUCAAGGCUUUGAUUCCGAAGGGCAUUACGCCAUCUUAUGUGAUGGAUGAAGAAACCAGCCGAGGCCUAUUGCGACUUUAUGGUUGUGGGGAAGGAGAGGACAAAAACGAUGGCCAUGAAGGCGCUCCGAGCCCAGCCCACAGCAACUCAUCGGAAGGCCGGCGCACGGAUGAUGACACGUCCUCUUACUCACCGCACGGAGUUUGGGGCAGUGGGCAGUUGCACGUGCCCAUGGCGAAUCAAAGCCAGUCCGCGCGUGAACAUCCCGGUGGCUUGAGUCCCAGUGGUGGGUUGAUGUUGGAAGCGGAAGCAGUCGAUCGAUACUUCCGGAGUUUUAUGGACAACAUGCAUAUCCACCACCCAUUUCUCGAGCCGAAAGUACUCCGGGUCAUGAUCCACAAAUUCAAGAAAAAGUACAGCUGGGACGUUCGGGCCAGGGAGCAGGUCACGGCGAUUGGGAACAAGCGGAAGCGGGAGACGACAGACUCGCCGACCUCUAUGGACGAUUACAACAAUCCCCCCUUUCAGCCCAGGGGAUAUCAUAAUACCGUGGCUCCAAUCGAGCAUUCAGUCGCAAAUGCUAUUGUCUUGCUUGUACUCGCGCUGGGUAAGAUCACCUCUCAUCGUGAUCCUUUGCCGGGCCCUGCGUCAACCGCUACGAUGAGGACUUCCACGCCACAUAGCGCACUGUACUCGGAUUUUCCGAUGCCCAUGUCAACGCCUACCUCUCCAUAUAACCAUCACCCCAACCUGAACGGGACGGUUUCGAGUCCGGCGAAUCCGCAGGGCAAGAACAUGGACGUGAUUCCGGGUCUUGCUUACUUUGCUAUAGCUGCAGACAUCCUCGGAGAGCUACCGGGUGGCGCCGAUGUGUCCCACAUUCAAGCCUAUCUGCUUGCAGGUCUGUAUAUGGGACAACUAGCACGAAUUUUGCCAAGCUACUUUUACAUCAACAAGGCAUGCGUUGCAGCUCAAAUCCUGAUCGAGUCGACUCCCUAUGUUACAAACACCAUGAAACCCGCCCGUCGGAAUUUGGUCAACUUUGCAUUCUGGUCAUGCUUGCAAUUGGAGAGCGACAUUGCAGCCGAGUUGGAAUUGCCCCUCAGCGGGAUUGGUCGCUAUGAGAGUCCUCAGCACAAAGAGUUCCCGACGAGCCUGACGUUGGAUAGGAUCCCUGAGUCCAGUGUGGACGACGACAUACUGAGGUUUUACUCCUACCAAAUCCAACUGCGGACCACGAUGAACAGUGUCCAUGCCACGCUGUAUCGGGAAUCGAAGAAUCUGCAGGCAAGGCCAAGCGACAGCAUCAUGUCGGCUUUGGACGACAACCUGGAAAAUUGGAGGAAGAUGCUGAAUGAAUGGGAUUGGGACGACAAUGACCACGAAAGUCCCAACAUCAACGUAGCCCGGAUGCGAGGGAAAUAUUAUGGUGCCAAAUACAUCAUCUGGCGACCAACCCUGCGAUAUGCCUUGUUACAGGCCACUGCCAACCCCAAUGCCACUCCGACUCCCAAGCUCGCCAGAAGUCGGCCGUCAGAAUCGCCUGCAGGCUAUGGGCACCAUUCCGAGGUGACUUCACCAGCCGUAUCGAGUCUCAAUACUCCCCAUCCAUAUGGGAGAGACGUUCCUUACAUCCAGCCUGAGUUGCUUGAAGGCUCCCGGAAGUGUAUUGAGGCCGCAAUUCGCAGCACUACUUCUUUUGAUAAAGUCGCUCGCCGUCUUGUUGUCACCAACAUCUUCGGCACGGCUCACGCACAAUUCGGGAAUAUGCUUGUGCUCUACGCGACCUUCACCUCGCCUCACCCAGGCCUAAGCUCGUUGGUGCAGGAGGACGUAUUACGGCGAUUGCACGAUCGCACCGUGCAGAUUCUGCGAGAGAACGAGGCAAUUUCACCGGUGCUGGCCAAAGAUCUGAAGAUCUUGGAACACGUGCGCAUGAAGGUGUUCCCGCCGUCGACAUAUCCUUCGGCAAGCACGGCUUCCAGCUUCUCCUCGAACCGAUGA